GUGAAGGGGCCUCUGCAGGGCGGCUCUCGCGCCGCGACGGCCGUGGCUGAGGCUGGGAGGGCGCGACAGACUCCGCCCCCUCUCGAGGCGGGGCGGGGCCUCCGCGCUCGCUACAAAAGCCGCGCGUCUGCCGCGACCCGGACGGCCAGUUUUCCGCAGCUCGCCCUCACUAUGGCGUCGCUCACCGUGAAGGCCUACCUGCUGGGCAAGGAGGACGCGGCGCGCGAGAUCCGCCGCUUCAGCUUCUGCUUCAGCCCCGAGCCGGAGGCGGAAGCCGAGGACGCGGCAGGUCCGGGGCCCUGCGAGCGGCUGCUGAGCCGGGUGGCCGCCCUGUUCCCCGCGCUGCGGCCCGGCGGCUUCCAGGCGCACUACCGCGAUGAGGACGGGGACUUGGUUGCCUUUUCCAGUGACGAGGAAUUGACAAUGGCUAUGUCCUACGUGAAGGAUGACAUCUUCCGAAUCUACAUUAAAGAGAAAAAAGAGUGCCGGCGGGACCACCGCCCACCGUGUGCUCAGGAGGCGCCCCGCAACAUGGUGCACCCCAAUGUGAUCUGUGAUGGCUGCAACGGGCCCGUGGUAGGAACCCGCUACAAGUGCAGCGUCUGUCCAGACUACGACUUGUGUAGCGUCUGUGAGGGAAAGGGCUUGCACCAGGGACACACCAAGCUCGCGUUCCCCAGCCCCUUCGGGCACCUGUCUGAGGGCUUCUCGCACAGCCGCUGGCUCCGGAAGCUGAAACACGGGCACUUCGGGUGGCCAGGAUGGGAAAUGGGCCCACCAGGAAACUGGAGCCCACGUCCACCUCGUGCGGGGGAUGCCCGCCCUGGUCCCACGGUGGAAUCAGGCAUUGAAGUGGAUAUUGACGUGGAGCACGGCGGGAAAAGAAGCCGCCUGACCCCUGCCUCUCCAGAGAGUUCCAGCACAGAGGAGAAGAACAGCUCACAGCCAAGCAGCUGCUGCUCUGACCCCAGCAAGCUGGGUGGGAAUGUUGAGGGCGCCACGCAGUCUCUGGCAGAGCAGAUGAGAAAGAUCGCCUUGGAGUCCGAGGGGCGGCCUGAGGAACAGAUGGAGUCUGAUAACUGCUCAGGAGGAGACGAUGACUGGACCCAUUUGUCUUCAAAAGAAGUGGACCCGUCCACAGGUGAACUCCAGUCCCUACAGAUGCCAGAAUCCGAAGGGCCAAGCUCUCUGGACCCCUCCCAGGAGGGACCCACAGGGCUGAAGGAAGCUGCCUUGUACCCGCAUCUCCCACCAGAGGCUGACCCGCGGCUGAUUGAGUCCCUCUCCCAGAUGCUGUCCAUGGGCUUCUCUGACGAAGGCGGCUGGCUCACCAGGCUCCUGCAGACCAAGAAUUACGACAUCGGGGCGGCUCUGGACACCAUCCAGUAUUCAAAGCACUCCCCGCCAUUGUGACCGCUUUUACCCACCUCUUCUGUGUCCCCCUCUUCUGUCUCGUAGCUGUUAAGCUAGUGUAGAAUUGCAGGUCUCUGUACGGGCCAGUUUCUCUGCCGCCUUCCAGGAUCAGGGGAUCAGGGGUUAGGGUGGAAGAAGACAUUUAGGGCAGCAAAACAAGUGACAUGAGGGGAGGGUCCCCGUGUGUGUGAUGUCUGAGAAGCAAGACCGGUCUCCUGGGUGCUCUGGUUCCCUGCAGCAGGGCUGGGCCUGCGAGACCUGAGGCUCACCGCAGCGCUCCUGGCCCCUCCCUGCAGGGGCCACAUUAGCAGCCCAGACAUAGCUUGCCUAAUGGCCUUCCACUUUCUCUUUUUAAAUGACUCGGAGGUCCCUGACAUUUAGUUGAUUUUCUGCUAGAGACCUGGUACGCUCUGAUUUUAGAUAAAGGAAGCCUAGGUGGUGUUGGCGGGUAAGCAGGGGAGGCGGCUGUCCUGGCACAGGCAGUGGGGAGGCCGGGGCAGCCAGUGUGGUGGGCUUCCUGCUGGGACUGAGAAGGCUCAUGCAGGGCAUCCGUAAUGUUGGUUUCGCUGAGAGCUGCCUCCUGGUCUCUCCACCACUGUAGUUCUCUCAUUGCCAAACCAUCAGCUGCUUUUAAAAUAAGAUCUCUUUGUAGCCAUCCUGUUACGUUUGUAAACGAUCUAAUUAAAUGGCAUCAGCACUUUAACCAAUGA